CCCCCGCCAAGGCAGCCUUCCCCCAGCCGAGCAGCUGUCAUUUCCGGAGUAAGAUGGCUGCGGCGCGUGUGCUGACUACCUGUAGUUGGAAUACCGGACGGCUGAUUUGUGUUCGCUACUUUCAGACAUGUGGUAAUGGUCCUGUUUUGAAGCCAAAAUAUGUGUGUUUCUUUGGUUAUCCUUCAUUCAAGUAUAGUCAUCCACAUCAGUUGCUGAAAACAGCUGCUGCGCUACAGGGACAGAUUGUUCAGUUCAAACUUUCAGACAUUGGAGAAGGGAUUAGAGAAGUAACUGUCAAAGAAUGGUAUGUAAAAGAAGGAGAUACAGUGUCUCAGUUUGAUAGCAUCUGUGAAGUUCAAAGUGAUAAAGCUUCUGUAACUAUCACUAGUCGUUAUGAUGGAAUCAUUAAAAAACUGUAUUAUAAUCUAGACGAUACUGCCUAUGUGGGGAAGCCGUUAGUAGACAUAGAAACGGAAGCCUUAAAAGAUUCGGAAGAAGAUGUUGUUGAAACUCCUGCCGUGUCCCACGAUGAACACACACACCAAGAGAUAAAGGGCCAAAAAACACUGGCAACUCCUGCCGUUCGUCGCCUUGCAAUGGAAAACAAUAUUAAGCUGAGUGAAGUUGUUGGCUCAGGAAAAGAUGGCAGAAUACUAAAAGAAGAUAUUCUCAACUAUUUGGAAAAGCAGACAGGAGCUAUAUUACCUCCUUCACCAAAAGCUGAAAUUGUGCCACCUCCACCAAAAUCAAAAGACAGGACUAUUCCUAUACCCAUGUCAAAGCCUCCGGUGUUCACGGGCAAAGACAGAACAGAGCCCGUCAAAGGCUUUCACAAAGCAAUGGUCAAGAGCAUGUCCGCAGCCCUGAAGAUACCCCACUUUGGGUACUGUGAUGAGGUUGACCUUACUGAACUGGUUAAGCUACGAGAAGAACUAAAACCCAUUGCUUUUGCUCGUGGUAUUAAACUCACCUUUAUGCCCUUCUUCUUAAAGGCUGCUUCCCUGGGAUUACUACAGUUUCCUAUCCUUAAUGCAUCUGUGGAUGAAAACUGCCAGAACAUAACGUAUAAGGCUUCUCAUAACAUUGGGAUAGCAAUGGAUACAGAGCAGGGCUUGAUCGUUCCUAAUGUGAAAAACGUUCAGAUCUGCUCGGUAUUUGAGAUCGCCGCUGAACUGAACCGCCUCCAGAACCUGGGCUCCGCGGGUCAGCUCAGCACCAGUGAUCUUACAGGAGGAACAUUUACUCUUUCUAACAUUGGAUCAAUUGGUGGCACCUAUGCCAAACCAGUGAUAUUACCACCUGAGGUGGCAAUUGGAGCCCUUGGAGCGAUUAAGGCCCUCCCCCGAUUUAACGAGAAAGGAGACGUGUAUAAGGCUCAGAUAAUGAAUGUGAGCUGGUCAGCCGACCACAGAAUUAUUGAUGGCGCUACAGUGUCACGUUUCUCUAAUUUGUGGAAAUCCUACUUAGAAAACCCAGCUUUUAUGCUGCUAGAUCUGAAGUGAAGAUGGACAAGAUGUCCUUGAACUUUCUGAGCCUCCAAAGAGUCUGCAGGGCCCAGCUGUGCAGCACGUGUUCUUCACUGCAGUUUGUAUUAUACGUGAUUUGUAACGUGUAUAAGGUUCUGAGGCACAGUAUUUAUCCCUAUUCUGUUAGGCUUUUUACUGAAGAUGGAUAAUGGUGAAAUCAUUCUCCCGGGGCUGUCAUAUUUUAUAGGUCAUAGUACAACUUCUUAAUAUGUCUGAGGUCUUCGUGUCAAUGGAUUGAAACUGGCAAGAACAACAAAAUGAAUAUUACUAAAACACAGAUACUCAUAUACAGUAUUUGCCCUAUUUCUUUCUUUUUUUAUUUUAAACAAACUCUUAAUGAAACUUUGCCGUUACACUUAGUUGGGAAAAAGAAUUUAUGUACAAAAACUUUUCUAUGUCCCCACAAUAAUGCAAAUUGUCGUGCAAAGUAAGUGCAAUUAUACUUUUAAGAUAUCCAGGAGUAUGUUGCUUUGUAGAGAUUAUCUUCUGUAAAUGUCUUAUUUGUAUAAAUUAAUCUUUUAGAAGAGAAAAUUAUAAGCUAAUCUUAAAAAUUCCCAAUUAUAGUUUUAUAACCAGUAAGGCCAUGGAAGGUGUUUGCUUAAAAUGGAUACACUUGUAGAAUUUUGGUAAUGUUUUGGUGUUUUAUUGGGAAAAACCUUACCUUUGCAGCCUCGCUUCAUGAGGAGGUUACUUAAGUGUAGCGGCCGCUGAGGUUGUCUUAUGUUCAGAAGCCCACUGCCUUUCAACCUUUUUUUUUUUAACUUUCUUGAUCUUCAACUGAAAAAUAGGACAGAUUAAGAAGUUACGGUCUAUUCCGUUCCCCGUAUGGGCAGAACUACCCUUUAGUAAUUAUGGGUAGUUAUGGACACACUAAAAGAAAAUAAUGAAUUUUAUACAGAAAUAAAGGGUUCCUCAUGAUCAUUUUGUUAGAGGCCCACUUGAAUCAGAAAUAGCAUCAAGAUGAAUUUAAUCCAACAUUUUGAUUUACAUUCAGAAAUUCAGUCUGUUUCCAAUAUUGUGUAAUUGAAUAAUGUAUAUCCAAGUGAAGUUUUAUGGCAGAAAAGGAAGUCAUUUCACUGUCUACUUGACUUUCUCAAAAUGGAAAUGGUGUAUAAAUUACAAAGUAAUGGGUCAAAUGAUGGUUAUUUUUAAAAUUCAGAUAAUAUGAAAAGUUACAAAUAAAAUAAAAUCGUCCAUGAUCCUACCACUAAUCCUACCACUACUUAGCAUUUUGAUCAAGGUAUCUGUAUACAUAGCUAUUCUUUUUAUAAAAAUGGGAUCAUACUGUAUCUGCUAUUUUAUAUAAUUUGAUUAUUUUAAUUUAACAUAUUAUGAAUCAAUAAACUGUUCUACAUUAUCAUA